ACUGACAAAUAUGAUGACUAUACUAUUUUUGAUACUGAUAUACCAGUUUGUGAUGAUUUAGAUUUUUUAAAUGAAGUUGAAGAAUCAGAUUUAGAAAAUAAUAUUUCAGAUUUCUGUGAUGAAUUUCAUUAUCAAAUUCUUUUAUAUAUUCAAUUUCAACUAAAUGAUACUACUAUUACUCAAAAUGAUUAUGUAUUAGCAUAUAAAGUAACAAAAGAAACUGAAACAGAAACUCAAAUUAUUAAUGAGAAUGAUUUUUAG